UUUUGACUCCGAGCGUACCGGUUUAGUACAUAAAGCAGUGUGCUGUGCGCUCGGCGGUGCGCAGCAUGAGUCUGGACGGGAAAGUGGCUUUGGUCACCGGCGGCGCGCAGGGCAUCGGACGAGCCGUGUCUGAAGCCCUCCUGGAGAAUCAAGCAAAGGUUGCACUGGUAGAUCUGAACCAAUCUGUUGGCGAAGAAUGUAAAAGUGAUCUGGACAAACAGUUUGGAGAAAAUAAUUGUAUUUUUAUCCAGUGUGACGUUACGGACGCGGUUAAACUUAAAGAAGCCUUUCAAAACACAGUCAAGAUGUUUGGUAGAUUGGAUAUUGUCAUUAAUAAUGCAGGGAUAAACAAUGAGAAAAACUGGGAAAAGACCAUUGAUGUAAACUUGACGUCUGUCAUAAAGGGGACAUAUUUAGCCCUGGAACACAUGAGUAAAGAGUAUGGAAAGGAAGGAGGAGUUAUCAUAAACGUCUCAUCCAUGGCAGCAUUUCUCCAUUCUCCUCACCAGCCGGUGUACACAGCAACAAAGCAUGGCGUGAUUGGAUUUUCACGAGCCUUGGCGGACGCAUCUGAGCAGGGCAAUUAUGGAGUGAGGAUCAACACACUGUGCCCAGCCUUCGUGGACACCCAACUGCUUCAGACUGUUGAGCAUGAGGAAACAAUGGGCAAGUUUGUCAAGUACAAAGAUGAAUUCAAGCAGAGGAUGGACAAGUACGGUGUUCUUAAGCCAUCGCUGAUUGCAGAAGGAAUGCUGCGAAUCAUAACAGAUGAAAGUCUGAAUGGAGCUGUAAUGAAGAUCACCUGUGCUAAAGGGAUUCACUUCCACACCUAUGAGCCUCUUUCAGCUUGAAAGCAAUAAUUUCAUCAAGCCAGUUCUGCUUCUUUCAACGGGGUGUUUGAAAGCCCUGCUGUAUGGCCACGUAACCACCUUCUUGUUUACGUACAGGAGGUGUGGAUUGAUUGUAAGAUUAUUUGUCAUUUCAGAUUUGUAAACCAAAAAAAUCCAUACUUGUGUUUGGUGCUCUUUCUGAUUCUAUUUCCUCUUCUGUAAUGCUCUCAAACAUAAAUGUGUACAGACAUGCCUUUACUGUGAGUGAAAAAAACUUAAUAUUUAUUAAAUUACUGUUUCAUGGCUUAUGUAAUACCUCAGUAUGCCAAAUCCAAUAUUUUCUUACAUAUUUGUACAAUUCUUUGUUACUAGAUCUUUAGAUAUGUGCCUAAGGGAAUGUCUAAGGGCUUUUAAUUUUGUAGAAAUCAAAUAAAAUACUUUAAAAAUG